AUGGGAUGGAAAGAGGCAAUGACAGAAGUUGGAGCACUCAAGGGUUGGGAAGUGAAGAAAGUUGCGGAUGGGCAUCAAGGAGAACUAAUAAAGAUGAUUGUUCAAACAGUGUUGUUGGAGUUGAAGAAGAAAUGCAUGGUUAUAACCGACAACUUGGUUAUGAUGGAAGAUCAUCUGAAUGAAAUGACGAGAUUAUUAAAUGUUGGCUCCAAUGAUACACGGAUUGUUGGUAUCCAUGGCAUGGGUGGUAUUGGCAAGACAACUAUUGCCAAGUGCACCUACAACAAGCUUUUCCAACACUUUGAAUGUUGUAGCUUCCUUGCAGAUGUUCGGGAAAAGGUGCAACAAUACAAUGAUCUUGUUGGUUUGCAGAAACAACUUCUCACUGACACUCUUAAAUGUUGCUCUGACAUUACUGAUAUUAACAGUGGAAUCAGUGCUAUCAAGCUUCGAUUUCAAGAAAAGAAUGCCCUCGUGGUUCUUGAUGAUGUGAAUGAAAAGUCUCAAUUUGACUGGCUUGUGGGAAAUCGUGAUUCCUUUGGCCCAGGAAGUAGGAUCAUAGUUACAACUAGAAACAAGGAUGUUUUAAAUACUCUUGAAGUCGAUGAGACUUAUGAACCGCCAUUGAUGAACCAUGAGCAAUCUCUUCAACUUCUCAGCAUUCAUGCUUUCCAAAAAAAGUUCCCUCCAAUAGACUAUGAUAGUAUCUCUAAAGAGAUUGUAUUGGUUUCUGCAGUGCUUCCUCUAGCUCUUGAGGUUAUAGGUUCUUUUCUAUGGAAGAAGAAGGAAGCGAUAUGGACAGAUACAUUAAAGAAGUUGAAAAACAUACCAGAUGAUCAAGUCCAGAAAAGGUUGAGAAUAAGUUAUGAUCAAUUAAACCAUGAGCAACAGCAGAUAUUUCUUGAUAUUGCAUGUCAUUUUAGUGGGAUGGAUAAAACAUAUGCAUUUUAUAUGUGGGAUGAUUGUGGCUAUUACCCAGAGAAGGAAAUUAAUGCUAUGUGUCUCAUGUCUCUAGUAAAAAUAAUAAAUGUUAAUGUGUUGACGAUGCAUGAUCAACUUAUAGAUCUCGGUAGGGAAAUCGUCCGUCAAGAAGAUUUUGAAAAUCCAGGAAUGCGUAGCAGGUUAUGGGAUAAAGAGGAAGCCUUGGAUGUCCUGGAGGGAGAAAUGUUGCUGGGAACUGAAAAGAAACUAGUCAUACUGGAUCUAUCAAGGAGUGGCAUCACAGAGAAGUGGAAGGGUUGGAGCCAAAUUAAGAUGGCAAAUAAGUUAAAAGUGCUCGACAUUUCUUGGAAUCAUAUAAGCAAGUUACCUGAUGAAAUUUGGAUGUUAGAGAUACUGGAAGUUCUAAGAGCCUCAUCUUGCAACUUGAAGGGUAACAUUCCUAGUUGUAUUGAGAGAUUAUCAUCUUUGAGAAAGUUGAAUUUUGGUCAUAAUUAUAUUCAAAGCCUACCAACAAGUAUUUGCAAGCUUUCUUGCCUCCAAACACUUGACUUAGGUUGCGGCUGUAAUAUCCAAGCACUGCCAGAGCUUCCCUCGAGUUUAGAAAUUCUGCAUGUCACUUUGUACCCUAAGAGAAAUUUGCAUGUGAAACUUGCAAAUCUGGUUAAUCUACAGGACCUGCGACUUUCUUGGUGCAGUAUGAACCUUGUGGAGAUUCCCAGAUAUAUUGAGAAAAGAUCAAAACUGCAGAUAUUAGAAAUGGAAAAUACCAACAUUAGGACCCUACCGAAAGAGAUUGGUGCCCUUUUGUCCUUAUUGACAAUUUUGACCAUAGAAGAGUGCUAUAAGCUGACAGAGAUUCAAGGGCUUGGGAAACUAGAAUCGUUGACACAUUUGACCAUACGAGGUUGCCACAAGCUGAAAGAUGUUCAAGGACUUGAAAAUCUAAAAUCGCUGGCAAGUUUGUCUAUAACUGCGUGCAAAGAAAUAGCUGAAAUUGAUCUGCUUGAACCUUCGGCACCUCUAGUGUCCUCAUUGACAAUUUUGACCAUAGAAGAGUGCUAUAAGUUGACAGAGAUUCAAGGGCUUGGGAAACUAGAAUCGUUGACACAUUUGACCAUACGAGGUUGCCGCAAGCUAAAAGAGGUUCAAGGACUUGGAAAUCUAAAAUCGCUGGCAAGUUUGUCUAUAACUGCGUGCAAAGAAAUAGCUGAAAACCUUCGGCACCUCUAA